AUGGCUGGGGUCGUGUCCGGACCAAACGUUCAGUCCUUUGGAACUCUGGAUUUUCUUUCCGGGAAAGUGGAAACAGUCAGGAGGGGAACGAGUUCUGUAUUCAGAGUGAAGAUUUCUCAUGGAAUUAUUAAUACCAUCAGUUGGGGCAUUCUGAUGCCCGUUGGGGCUAUUGUGGCGAGGCAUUUCAAGGCUGCUGAUCCAGCAUGGUUUCAUGUUCAUAGGGCGUGUCAGAUGCUGGGAUAUUUUGGUGGAGUUGCUGGGUUCGCAACCGGGCUUUGGCUCGGCCAUAAAUCUUCAGGGGUUGAAUAUAAAGGACACCGAUGCAUAGGCAUCACUCUUUUUGCUCUUGCAACACUACAGGUGUUGGUUGCUUUGGGUUUGAGGCCCAACAAGACAGACAAGAAGAGAGUUUUCUGGAACUGGUUUCACUACUUGGUCGGUUAUGGAACAAUCAUUCUCGGCAUUGUCAACAUCCUAAAAGGAUUUGAUAUGCUUCAGCCAGGAAAAUGGUGGAAAUUUUCAUAUCUUAUCACCAUCGGUGUUUUGGGCUGUGUUGCUGCAGUGUUAGAAGCACGCGCAUGGAUUCUAGUUUUGAUAAGGAAGACCGAUCAAGCUGCAGAACAAAAUAAGGAUGACACGAGUGUAGUUUAA